AUGUCGUUCUCGGUGCCGUUGAGAAGUGUGGCGCAGCUGCAGCGAGCAGUGCUGCUCUCUCGAGUCGCCGUCCCACGCGCAGCCCUCGCCGUCAGAACAUCGACGACGCUGAACGACGGCGCGAACAAGGCCCCCGACUUUUCGCACCAUUUCAAGUACGAGCGCAUGUGGUCGGCCGCCCUUCUCCCCGUCAUGCCGGCCGCCUACUUUGUCCAUGGGCCCGUCAUGGACGCCGUUUUGACGAUUGCCCUAUCGCUGCACAUCCACUGGGGAGUCCAAGCUGUGAUUGCUGAUUAUGCUCGCCCAAUUCUCAUGGGAUCCGGUCCGGCAAAGCUAGCCCGCGCCUCAUCCUACCUUCUCACAGCUCUCCUAAUCGCCGGUCUCCUCCACUUCAACACGAACGACGUCGGGCUCACGAAGGCAUUCUCCAUGCUCUUUUCUCUG